AUGUCUGGCCGAUCUUUGGAGAAACUGAAGAAAGCAAUGGCAGAAAUAGAAGCUGCCGGCGGCCUCAAAGGCCAGUUAUCGACGCUGGAAAUGAAUGUCACCGACGAAAAUUCCAUUCAGAAGGCCCUGGAGAAGAUUGAGACAGAUUUCGGCCAACUGGACGUUUUGAUCAACAAUGCUGCCGUUGGAAACAACAACCCCAGCCCGAGAAUACGAUUCGAGGCGAGCUUUCAGACCAAUCUCCUUGGGCCAGUCUUGGUGUCUGAGGCAUUCAGGCCAUUGCUGCUCAAAUCCAGAAUUCCGUACUCAAUAUAUGUGACCAGCGCUGCUGGUUCGAUUGCAAGCGAAGAGAAGCCAAAAACCUAUCCGGAGCCACCCAAUUCAGAGGCUUAUAAAGCCAUGAAGGCGGCCCUGAACAUGGUUGCGGUGUGCGAGUACCAAAAGUACAAGGGCAUGGGAUUGAAAGUAUUUGCAUUCUGUCCUGGAUUCGUGGUGUCGAACCUGCGUGGCCAUAGUGACGAAAUGAGGAACCCUGGUGGACUUGCAGGAGAUCCAAAAAUCUCCGGCCAGUCAAUCUUGAGUAUCCUCGAAGGGGAAAGAGAUGCAAGUGUCGGAAAAUUCAUCCAUAAGGACGGUCUCUACGACUGGUAUGCUGCAUGUCCUCUGCUAUGUGGGGUCAGAUUGUAG